UGCAAAUCGCGGUUUUUGUGGUAAUUGUGAUUGUCAUGUUUCGCAUUUCUUCGUUAUAUAUUUCUGUGAUGUCUGACACUGUUUAUCAACUAAACUAAAACCGUAUAAUAACAACACCGUGUUUUCUAUGGUUUCAUUAUUAGCUUCAAUCCUGUCAUGUUCACUGGAUAUUAACUUUCGGUUUUAUACUUGAUUACCUCAAACUUUGGGAUGUACAGUGAUGGCUGCGUAGAUACGACCAUCAAAAUAAAUAUUACAGUUCACGAUGAAGGAUAUAGAGGAACUCGCUCUAAGGACGUUUCUCCUUUGAAAUUUAGAUAAUGCUGUUCACUCGACCUCACAUAACCAGAAUUGUCUGAAAAGUUGACGUCUCAUAUCUGGAAGCUUGUCAAAUCUUCUAAUUGUCUUGUAAAUAUAUCUAUAACAGGUUCAUGAUCAAAACGGAGGCUUUCAGAAUAGUCCUCAACAGUUGUCAGUGCAAGUUAUUGCUCACAUUGUCACUGCUGUUUUACUUUAUCUCGUGUCGUAAAAGUAACUGUGUGCUGCAAUGUCGUUAACGCUUGCAAGUUCUUUUUCGCUCUUACUCAACAAUGGUAAUUAGCACGUGACUGCACCUAUUGUCGCAAAAUAGGAACUUGCGAGGACUCCUUUUCGUGCCAGCCUCAGUGCUGACCUGAAGACCAGCUCCGGCUUCAUGACAUCGACAUGAUGGACGACUCAGAAACCUACAAAUUAUGGAGGAUUCGUAAAACCAUUCUCAAGAUGUGCAAAGAUAGGGGUUAUCUAGUAAUGCCUAAAGAAUUAGAGCAAUCACUCGAAGAUUUCAAAGCAACAGUCGGAGAUCCACCAACGAGAAAGGAUCUUCUCAUGGUUGUUAACCAUGAAGAAGAUCCUGCUGAUAUGUUAUAUGUGUUCUUUCCAGAAGAAGAAAAAGUUAACAUGAAGACUGUCCGGGCAUAUUUGAAUCAAAUGCAACAAGAUAGUACUUACAGAGCAAUUUUGGUCCUUCAAGAAAAGGGUCUCACACCUUCUGCAAAAACAGCUAUUGCGGAACUUUCGUGUAAAUACACUUUGGAGUGUUUCUUUGAAAAUGAACUAAUGGUCAAUAUAACGGAACAUCAGUUGGUUCCGCAACACAACGUUCUCACACAGGAAGAAAAGAAAGAAUUGCUCGAACGAUAUAGGUUAAAGGAAAAUCAACUUCCCAAAAUGCAAGCUAGCGAUCCUGUUGCUCGAUAUUAUGGUCUAAGAAGAGGUCAAGUUGUACGAAUUACUCGGCCAUCAGAAACAGCCGGACGAUAUAUCACUUAUAGGAUAGUUUUGUGA